CCGUCGUGUUGGCCGCGCACACGCACCCUCCCCCUCCUUCCUCGCUCCCCCCCCCCUCCUCCACACACGCACCCACGCCUCGCUCUUUCUCCCGCCCCGCCCCGCCCCGGCUGCCGAUACAUACGCACACACCUCAAAAGAAAAAAAACCAUGUCGCCCGGUGCGGCCCUUUUCGACUCGGAUGACUCCGGCGACGACUCGCUAUUCGCCGCGCCGCGGUCGGCCAAGCCUCUGGCGCCCUUUGCUGCCAUCGGCGAUGAUGACGACAGCGACGAGGACUUCGCCUUUCUUGCCACUCGGCCCGCGGUCCGGGCCGCCGCCGUGGCCACUCCGAAGCCCCUUGCCGUAAGUUCCCCCGGCCCCGUGGCCGCCCCCCGCGCGGAGAGCGCCGCCGCAACCGAGGAGGCACCGCCGCCGUCGGGAUGUGCGGCUGCCAGCCCCGCACCCAGCCUGGCCGCGCGGCUGGCUGGGCCGGACGAGGAUGAUGAUGAUGAUGAUGAUACCUUGGACGAGGCGAUCAACGCCCUGAACUCCACCUCCUUCACGUAUGGUCGACCGGUGUCCAAGGCGCCGACCGUUGCCUGGGACUUCGAGUCGGAUGACGAAUCGUCGAGCCAGUGCCCGGCCACGGCCGCUCCGCCGGUGGUGGCUGCCCCGCAGCGUGCCACGCCUGCUCCUCUCCCCUGGUCGUCGGACUCCGAGUCGGACGAUGACUUCCCCCUGGCCAUGGCCACGGCCCCCGCUGCGGCAGCCGCCGAGGUGGUUGCCGCCGAGGUGGUUGCCGCCGCGGUGACGGCCGACAUGGCUUCGGAUGCGGUUCUCGAGACCGUGGCCGAGACCGUGGCCGAGACCGUGGCCGCUGUGGUGGCCGCCGCAGCGAGCGCUUUGGCCACCCCUGAAGUCUCCGCCGAGGCGGACGUCGGCCCCUCCAUCGACAUCGACGUGGAGAUUGUCCCCGACUACUCGACCGAGCAGCCAGUCGCCAUGACCGCCGCCGCCGCCGCCGCCGCCACCGCCACCGCCGCCGCCGCCGCCGCCGCCGCCACCGUGCCGCCCGUCCUGGUGGCCAGCACCCAGCAGGUUCUGGCGGACUUGCAGAAGGAGAUCCUCCUGUCGGCGGCGGUGGUUGCCACUGACCCGGCCCCGGCCCCGGCCCCGGAGCCGCUGGACACCUCGGCCCUUCUGUCUCACCUGGACCGCCUCAUGGGGGACAGCAUCCCCGCCGAGCCGGACAGUCGGGCCCUGCUGGUGCCCUCCGCGGCCGAGAUCCUCGGCGAUGAUGACACCCCGGAGCUGCUGCUGGGCUUGGCCCCGGCGGCCGAGGCGUCGGCUGUCGUGGACCCCGGCGCCCUCGAGGAGGACAUGCUGGCCGCGGGGGCGGCUGUCGGAGCGGCCAUCGCCACCGGCAACCUGGCGGCCGUCGAUCUGCCCACCGGGGCCAAGUCCCCGCGCAUCACCCUGGCCAAGGGAGCCAUCGACAAGGGGGGCCGUGCGGAGAAGGACGAGCUCGACCGGCUCUUUUCCUUUGCCGAUCACGAUGUCGAGGUGAAGUACGAGAAGUCGGUAUCGCUGCAGCACAAGAAGCGCGCCCCGAGUGCCGGUGCGGCUGGUGCCCCUGCCCCGGCCACUGCCCCGGGCGCGCCCUCCGCCCCGAAGAGCCAGCCGAGGGCCUCCCGCACCAUCCGCAUGCGCAACCCCAGCUCCGAUCAGGAUGAUGACCUCUUUUCCACCUCGCGGCCGAUGGCGCAGCAGCCGCGCAGCCGGUCGGUCUCCUUCGCCACUGGCGCCGAGUCUGUCGAGAACAAAAAGCUCCCGCUGCAGGUCGAUCCGGUCGCGGCCCCCGCGGCAGAUGUGCCGGCCGUCCCGUCGGACCCGGGCCCCGUGCAGACUCUCCCGGUGGACAUGCCGAUCCAGCUGGAGCCCAUCCCCAUCCUGCUGGUCAAGGCCCCCGAUCAGCCGGGGGUGAGUCCGGUGGCGGACGCUCCGGCAGCCGCCCCCGGGCAGGCCGCCCCCGGGCAGGCCGCUCCCGGGCCGGCUGCUCCGGGCCUCCCGCACCUGGCCGGCCUCUCGGCCGAGGCCCCCGCUUCAGAUGAUUCCUCCCACGCGGCCCACCAGGCACUCCUGGACGAGGUGGCCGCCCUGCGGACCCAGUACUUGGAUUUGGCCGCCGCGAAUGAGGCCCUCUCACGCGAGGGCGAGCACCUCCGCCGGGACUUGGCGGCGGUGGAGGCCGACCGGGCGGGCCUGCGCCAGGACCUGGCCGCCAUGGAGGCCGCCCGGGCCGACCUGCAUGCUGACCGGGCGCGCUUGCGCCAUGAGCUGGCCACCCAGGCCACCCUGGUCGCCGGGCUGGAGGCGGAAAAGGCCCGCCUGGAGACCCUCCUGGCCGAGAGCCAGGCCGCCGGGGAGGAGCUCCAGCGGAAGGCCUUCCGGGCCGAGCGUACCGCGCGCGAGCUCGAGGAGACCGGGCAGAUUGUGCGCACGGAGCUGCGUCAGGAGCUCGACCGCAAGGGCCAGGCCCUGGACCGGGCAGAGGCCCACCUGCAGGAGGCCCGUCGGGAGGCCCACAUGGAGGGGGCUGCCCGCAAGGAGGUGGAGAAGGUGGCUGCCCUGGCGGCCACCACCAUCGCCGCCCAGCGCGAGGAGAUCGCCCGCCUCCAGGCGCAUGUCGCCGCUCUGCGCGCAGGCGCCCGGUGACCCGCGGGCGGGCGCACGCGCGCACUCCCCCCUCCUCCUCCAUACCCCCCCCCCUCAGAUCAGUGCCUUGCCUCGCUCACGUUCGUGUGCCUUGU